UCUGACCUUCCGACUGGCGACUCGACUGGGUUUGCCCCGAAUGCCAUGCAGCCGAUGCAGAUGCAUGAUCGCAGCCGAAGUCCGUUUGGACAUGGCCAGUAUGGCAUGGGUGCGGCCUUUCCAGUCAGGCCUAUGGUGGUUGUCCCACGACCACACAUGCGACCACCUCCAGCACCACCGCCACCACCACCCGAGCCGGAGAAGACAGAGCAGCAAAAGGAACGCGAGGCGAGCAAUCGACUGCAUGAGGCUGUCGAGCGAAACGAAGGCUACCUCAAGGCCCACUUAGGGUACCACCUUCACGGCAGCGAGAUGGGAAGCUACACGGUGGUCUCACAAGAAGCUCUCGGAGUGGGUGUUUUCUCCGUUGUGUGGCCUUGUGCUGACAAAGAGAACAAGCUCGUGGCUAUGAAAGUGAUCCGACAUCAGGACCACUUCCGCAAGUACGCUGGCCGCGAGGUGGAAUGUUUGCAGAGGGCAGCUGGACUGAAGGAUCAGGAUCCAGAGAGUGCCGCCCAUGUGGCGCUUCUGAGGGAUAGCUUUGUGCACAAGGUCCUGAGCCCCAAUGGCGAGCUGGAGUACCUGUGUAUGUGCUUUGAGAAGUUGGAAUCCAAUUUGCGCAAGGUCGGCAAGCAGCCGCUGGACAAGGUGCUCCAGUUCUCAAAGCAGAUCAUGCGAGCCUUGAGAUACCUACAUGACGUGGUCGGGAUCGUCCACUGCGAUGUGAAGCCUGACAACCUCUUGCUGCGUUGGGACGGGCAAGCUGUGAAGCUGUGCGACUUUGGCACUGCCAGGCCAUCGCCCGAGCUGCAAAGCCAGGAUGAGUUGCAGCCUUUGUUCUACCGGGCACCGGAGGUGAUCCUGGGCUACACUCGGGGUCGGAAAAUCGAUGUUUGGUCGGCUGCACUCACCAUCUACGAGUUGAUUGUUGGGAGGAUCUACUUCCGCAAUUGCCACACACCGCGCGAGGUGCUGGAGGAAAGCAUGCAGUUGCGCGGUCCGGUGUCGCCUGAGAUGCGGGCGGGCCGCCUGGCAGCGGCUUAUUUCACCGCCAAGGGCUUUCACACCGAGACUCGCCAAGUGGUUGACCCAGACAGCUACAAGCCGCGGUCGUUAUUUACCGAGCUGGCUCCUUUCGCUGAUUACGGCAAGGAGACCAAGCAGACUGCUCAAGAGCAGGCGAAAUCUCAGCUGAGCCGCCUCAUCGGGGCAACCACGGUUGUGGGAGCUGCCAUGAAGCGAGCAGGCCCAACAGCCGCCGAGAAGAAGCUGAAGCAGCUUGCAGAGCUGCUGGACAGGUGCAUGGAAGUGGACCCGCAGAAGCGGGCGACCUCGGCGGAGGCCUGCGAGCUGGAGGUCUUCAAGGCAGUUGAAUUGCCACCCAUGGUAGACCUUCAAGAGGCGCCGCCGCUGCCGGAGGAGGCGCCGCCUCCGCUGCCUCCGGAGGCACCCUGAAGUGCCUGGUGUCGAAGAUCGUGAGAGUGCGUCGGAG